AUGGACUCCUUCACCUCUGCCCAACUCAACGACCGCAGACGCCGCACUCCUCUUGCCUGCACAAACUGCCGCCAACGCAAAGUCAAGUGCAAAGCCGGAGGAGGAGAAAAUUUGUCGCGCGUCUCGUGCGACCGUUGCCUUUCCAAGGGCCUCGUCUGCGAGUUUCACGCGGUCUCGGAAGGCGGCAGUGACUCCUCGACCACGACGCCUGAGACUCUGACUGCGCCGCUACCCCCCGGUCACGGGCUGCACUCCAAUGCAAGGAUGCCACAUUACGCUGCGACCCACCAGCACCAGUACGCCGGCCAGUACGCCGAGUUUACGACAUACCCCGACGCGACAUGGCAGUCGCAGCCACAAGCCCAGUACCAGAACCCGAGCGGCGGGCUGCCGCCCGCGGCCUUCAGCCUCCCACAGGCGGGAUACUACCCACCGAGCCAAUGGGUGCAGCAACAACAGCCUCGG